GUGGUGUUAUCGGUUAUCAGACUACUAAAAGAACUCAGAAUCCAUGUUCAAGCCUUACGGAAGACCAUCAGAGAGGUCUCAGAGAGGAGGCAGAAAGAAGUAGUCAGUGGAUCUGGCUCAAGCGGAACGAUCCGUGUUGGGCCCCAAGUAAAGCAUAAAUCACUAAAAAACUCCCAUCUUUCAACAUCUCGGACAACCGCAGACUUGGAUCAUUUCUGGGAAGGGUGGAGCACUUGCAGCAAGCUGAGGACUGAUCGUCUUGCAGCAGGCCACCCUUGUGGAGAGUGUAUAUAGAUGAAAGGCCGAAACACCCAAGGAUAGAAGGGCGCACUACUGAUGAUGCAGCCUGUGCUCUAUCGAACCAAAAUUGUGCCCGGAUCAAGAUUAUCUCCUGUACAACUUGAAGAAUUCCAGUCAGCUGAUUGUCUACCAUUCUUAUCAAUAAGCAGACUUUGACGCAGGCCUGCUGAUGGGGUUUGGUCUGUCAUCAUCACCAUAGUGGCAUGAAGGGGAAAUCUGCAGUUCGUGAGCAGCAGAGAGCGUCAGAGUGGAAUAAACUCACGCGGUGGAGACAUACAGAGCGCGGAAUCACAACCAUGGAUGCUGUAAAUGCUGUGCAGCUGUUCAUAUUGGUUUGGACCUUUACUGCUGUCUGUCAAGCUGAAGAUUUGGAUAUCAUUGUAAGCUGUGAGAAUGUGACUGGAUCUGUGGGGAAAGAAGUAACUCUCACCUGCAACGUCUCACUGCAGAGCCGUGAUUGUUCCACUGAAAUGGGUAUGUUUCGAUACCCUAAUGACUCAGUCAUCUGUAAACAAAAGCUUCCUAAAGACUCCAGCUUCACAUGCCGCUACACUACAACUACAGCAAUGACAGAAAAAUUCAGCUUCUUUGUGCAAACAAAGUGUGGAGUGAAACAAACAGAAUUCACUGUGGACAUAUCAGAUCCAUUAUCAGUAAAAACAGAGGAUCCCAAAUCUAAGUAUCCUAUCAUCACUUCGGUUGCGGGCUGUUUCAUCAUCAUCCUCUUCAUCAUCAUAAUAACAAUCAUUUGCAAAACAAAACCAAACUUCACCAAGUCUUGUGGAUUCCAAAAAAGGAUGUUUCUAUGCAUCAGACAUGAUGAAGACAACACCACUCCUCCAGAAACUGUGAUAUAGCACUGACUCGGCAAUACAAGUUUUCAUAUGGUGCAGAAAUACAUUUACAUUUAGUCAUUUUGCAGACGCUUUUAUCCAAAGCGACUAACAGUUGGGGAUACAUAAAGCAAUUUUUCUUAAAGAGGCAAACAGACACAGGAAGUGCUUGUAAUA